CCCCGCGCCCUCGCCAUGUCCCGCGCACUCCGGUUCCUGGCGCGCUCGGGCGGCUUCGUGCGCACGCCCGCUCCGCGCACCGCCGGAAUGGCCAGUCAAGACACUUUUAGAAUAGAAUAUGAUACCUUUGGGGAACUGAAGGUCCCAAAUGAUAAGUAUUAUGGUGCACAGACUGUGAGAUCUACAAUGAACUUUAAAAUAGGUGGUGCUUCUGAGAGAAUGCCGGUUCAAGUUAUAAGAGCUUUUGGGAUCCUGAAGCGAGCAGCUGCUGAAGUUAAUCAGGAUUAUGGUCUUGAUCAAAAGAUUGCUAAUGCCAUUAUGAAAGCAGCAGAUGAGGUAGCUGAGGGCAAAUUAAAUGAUCACUUUCCUUUGGUGGUAUGGCAGACUGGAUCUGGAACCCAGACCAACAUGAAUGUAAAUGAAGUAAUCAGCAACAGAGCAAUUGAGAUAAUGGGAGGGAAACUGGGGAGCAAGACCCCAGUGCAUCCUAACGAUCAUGUUAAUAAAAGUCAGAGCUCAAAUGAUACUUUCCCAACAGCAAUGCAUAUUGCUGCUGCCCAGGAAGUUAAUGAAGUAUUGUUACCUGGAUUACAGAAGCUGCAAGAUGCACUUGAAGCAAAAUCCAAAGCAUUUUCCCAGAUCAUAAAAAUAGGACGUACCCAUACCCAAGAUGCUGUUCCACUCACUCUUGGGCAGGAAUUCAGUGGUUAUGUGCAACAAAUUAAAUAUGGUAUGGCUAGGAUUAAAUCAGCCAUGCCCAGAGUCUAUGAGCUGGCAGCUGGUGGCACUGCAGUUGGCACAGGAUUAAAUACCAGAAUUGGCUUUGCUGAGAAAGUUGCUGCAAAGGUGGCUGAAUUGACAGGUUUGCCUUUCAUCACUGCUCCAAAUAAAUUUGAAGCCCUUGCAGCUCAUGAUGCUCUAGUUGAACUGAGUGGGGCCAUGAACACUGUGGCAUGCAGUCUGAUGAAGAUAGCUAAUGAUAUUCGUUUCUUGGGUUCAGGGCCACGUUCUGGCCUAGGAGAGCUUAUCCUCCCUGAAAAUGAACCUGGAAGCAGCAUUAUGCCAGGAAAAGUGAAUCCCACCCAGUGUGAAGCUGUUACGAUGGUGGCAGCUCAAGUGAUGGGAAAUCAUGUUGCUGUUACAAUAGGAGGCAGCAAUGGACACUUUGAAUUGAAUGUUUUCAAGCCCAUGAUUAUUAAAAAUGUAUUGAAUUCUGCAAGGCUCCUUGGAGAUGUUUGCAUUUCAUUCACUGACAACUGUGUGGUCGGGAUCCAAGCCAAUACAGAGAGAAUCAACAAACUAAUGAGCGAGUCUUUGAUGUUGGUGACAGCACUUAAUCCCCACAUUGGAUAUGACAAGGCAGCGAAGAUUGCCAAAACUGCACACACAGAAGGGACAACACUAAAAGAAGCUGCUAUUAAGCUUGGAUUCCUUACAUCAGAACAGUUUGAUCAAUGGGUGAAGCCUACGGAGAUGCUUGGUCCUCAGUGACUUUAACAAGUGUACUUAACAGAAGAAUUUAAAUUGUAUAAUAUAAAAUAUUAUGGGGCCUG